GCGUAAACAAGACGUUGCAAAUGGCGGCGAAUGUUAUUGUUUAAUGGAGUCCGUAAUAUUUGACACUCAUGCCCGGAUUUACCGCUCCAACAGGUAAGCUGCGGCGGUUCGGUGGUGCGCGGAGGAGAGUUUAACCAUCCAGGAACACGUAGCGCCAAAAAAAACCCGGAAAAGACCGCCAAAUGUGUGCGAAAACCCCUCUCACAAAAUGGUGUAGCGAGGAGUGACGUUGUUGCCUUGGCGGUGUAAGGGGCAGAAAUUUUAAAGCCACGUCGAUAAUUGCCGCGCGGGGGAGUGAGCGACGUCGAAAUCAGUGCCGCGGGGAUGCAUACGUUGGAAUAACCUCGUGCCGCCCGUGGGAGAGGCGGCGGAGGGGCGAAAAUAAGGUGCGGAGAGGUGAGGGAGGGAGGUGAACCGUCCUGCUGCUGCCCUGCCCGCCGCCCGCCCCUCAGACCCUUAUUUCCCCUUCUCCGGACACCCCCGCGCCGCCCAUGCAGACAUGGAUGGGGGUAGUGACGGGGGAGGCAGGUGUGGCGGGGGCGGGAGAGAAGAGCUGAUCGAGGCUGUUCUCACCUGCGAAGGGCACAUCUGCGACCCUGAGCUCCCGAAGAAACUGACCUGCCUCGUGCAUGCCCUGAAGCAUGUCACCCACAGCGAUUCCACCUGGUUCGUUAGGAAGGUUGAGCCAUGGAACAGCGUCCGGGUGACCUUCUCCAUCCCCCGGGAAGCUGCCAUCCGCCUCCACCAGCUAGCCCAGGCGGGUGACCAGGCCCUCAGGCAGCUGGGCAUCCUCUCGGUACAGGUGGAGGGUGACCAGGUCAUCUCGCUGAAGGUCGCUGGCCCCAACAACGAGGCGACGGAGAUUGUGCUGCGGACGGACGGUGGCGCUGGCGAUGGUGCCGGCACCUCCAGUGUGGCCCGGUCCGUCACCACGGCGCUGGGUGGGGCCGGCCUCAUGCCCGCCCACCCCCCGGAGAUAGCCUCCACCUCAGCAUUCCGCAGCCCGGGCAUGCUGGGGCCACCCAUGGAGGGCAUGGCCAUGGCCCCGCGCCCCAUGGCCCCGGUCAAGGCGCCGUUCUCUUUUGGGAGCAUGAACCGCGUCCAGACCAUCCGGGAGCUGCAGCACCAGCAGCCCAUGAUGGGCCACGUGGCGGCGGUGGCAGGGCCUCCGCCGCCCCCGCCCCAGCGCCCCAUCUACAACCCCCCGCCUCCGUACCCCAACCUGGACCCAACACACCAACCGCCCAUGCGUGCCCCGGCGGUGAUGACAGUGGGGCAGAGGCCGCCCCUGCCCCAAUUGCCGCCGCAGCUCAACGGAGCCCAGUACGUGGCGGCCGGUCCGUCGGGCAGUGUGGGCCAGGUGGGCCAGGUGGGCCCCGUGGCCCAGCCCGGCACGCAAGUGUUGCCUUCUGUUGUGCAAGCCAGUUCAAAUCAGCCUGUUAGUGGUAGCUACCCAGUGCCAGUGACCCAGACGGUAAAUAACCGCGCAGUGCAUGGCCCCGCAGUGAAGGGCGUCCCAAGGACAGGCGGGACUGGCAUCAACAGUCCCCUCUUGGUGGACCUGCUGCGCCAGCCCGACCACCAGCCCAGGGCCAAGGCCACCCUGGCUGGCUCCCCCCAUGGUUCCCCUGCCCCGGCCUCCCCCUCCUCCCGCUCCACCACCUCCACCCCCUCCUCAGACUCCCUGCCCCACACCCCAUUAGCCAACCUACCUCUGCCCGUGGUGCCGGCCAUCUCCCCCCCACCGCCCAGCGCCCCCACAGCCUACAAUGCCGUGGUGACGGCUGCCGGGCCCUCCGGGCUGUCCGGGGCCACGAUGGCUGCCCCAUACAGUGCUGGCUUUGCCGGGCGGACCAAGGACGUGGUGCAGACCCACCAGCAGGUGUACUCUGGGGGCUCAGUGAUCACCAGCACUGUGGCGCCCCACCCCAGGCUGCCCAACAGUGUGAGUGGGGGGCUGCAGCAGCACCCGCAGGCCACGGGGCAGCCCCCACCUGGCCCCCGCCUGCCCUAUGUGGCUGAUCAGCGAAGCAUGCCUGUAACGGCCGGCCCCAGCACCUCCAAUCCCCACCCACACCCACACCCACACCCUCACCCUCACCCCCACCCUCACCCCCACCCCCACCCCCACCCACACCCCAAGGUGCCUGUGCAGCACCAACCCCGGCCCACCAGCCAUCUCAGCCACCCUGGCCACCCCAGCCUCCCCAACCAUCCUAGCCACGCCAACCACCCCAGCCACUCUGGGGAGCCCCGUGCAGCGGCAGCGGCGGCGGCAGCAGCAGCCGCCGCCGCUGCUGCUGCUGCUGCUGCGGCGGCGGCGGCAGCAACUGCAGCCACUGCUCCACCAGUGUCGGCCUCCUCGCCCCAGCACAGCUCUGGGAGCAAGGAGAGCCAGUACCUUAUCAACCCCAACACGGGCCUGCUGGAGCCCCGGCCCAGCGAGAGCUCUGACUCAGAGCCCGAGGCACGGCCGCACUCCCCGCCCAGCCAGGAGACACACUCCAACUCCGUGGUGUCCGAUGACGAGUCCAACAUUAGUGCCGCCUCCAAGAAGGAGACCGACCAGUCGGACUCUGAGGCCUCCCGGCUGUCCGUGCUGAGCGUGGACUCCAAGAAGGCCGCCACUGCUGCUGCCGCUGCUGCGGUUGCUGCUGCCUCUGCCUCUGCCUCCUCCACUCCAGACCGACCCAAGGCCCUCGAGAGGGACGCCAGUCCGGCGGCCGCCUCGCGGGAGAACAGUGUGGUGAGCUCCGGCGCCUCGGCCGGGGAGUCCAUCAAGCUGAAGCUGACCAUCGGACGGGAGCCUGUGGCCUUCGUCACCAAGCCCAGGAAGGGGGAGCGUAAGGAGGCCGCCACCAACUCCUGCCUGGCGCCGGGGAGCAGCGCAGAGCCCCGGGUGCCCAAGCUGCAUAUCAAGCUGAAGUCCAAGCAGGCGGUGAUCGUGAACCCCCUGGGUGACGGGGACAGCCCCCGGGCCCCGGAGAAGGAGGCCGCCAAGGAGGACAAAAACAAGCGGCGGAGCUACAGGAACAAGUCCCGCAGCAGCGAGUCCGACAGCGACAGCGGCAAGAUGCGCGGCCUCAAGAUCAAGGGCAACAAGGACAAGGGCGGCGGCGAGGAGGGCUCCACCAUCCUCAAGUUGGACGGCAAGAAGGUGAAGGUGGAGCCCGAGGAGGAGGAGACGCCCCUCAAGAUGAAGUUCAAGGAGAGCAUCGAUGGCAGACUCAAGCCUGCUAAGUCCCUGGAGGACGGCCGCCUGCCCCUCAGCAAGGCCGAGAGCUCCAAGCUCUCCAAGGGGGAAAACAAGUUCAGAACACGGCUUAAAACAAAGACAGCGAUCAGGAAGGUUGGCGACCUGAACAGUGUUGGUGAAAUAGCUAGUCACAAAAUUCUGGAUACUCUUCCCCCCAGCAUCACCCGCGUGGCUGCCCUCCACACUCAGCAGCCCCAUAUCAACCCCUCCUCCUCCUCCUCCUCCUCCUCCACCUCCUCCUCCUCUUCUUCUGCCUCUCCCUCCUCCACAUUGCUGCCCCCACCCAUCCCCAGCGCUGCCUCGGUCUCCAGCACGCACGGCAUCAGCGACAGCCUCAAGGCAGAGCUGGAGAAGCGUGGCAGUGAGGCGGCAGCCAGCAGGAAGAGUGAAGGGAAGGGGGACGGGGAGAAAGCAGGCGAAGGUCUGAGCCGGCUGCACGCUGUCAACAACCUGGCCAGCCUGAUGAAUGGCGACCUGAGCCACGGCGAGAAGCUGCUCCUGGGACGCCGGCGCCAGAACAGCCAGCCGCAGCCCUCCCCCGGGCCUCAGCAGCCCCCACAGGCACAGCCACAGCAGCAGCCCUCACAACCACAACCACAACCACAACCACAGCCACAGCAGCAGCAGCAGGUGGAUGGACCAAGCAGUAGCAAGCUGACAAUCAAGAAGAAGGGGUCUGGGGAGACACACACCCUGGAGUCCCUGAAGAAGGACCUUCCUGAAGGUAUAGGCAGCAUCCCCAAGUACCUGAACUCCUCCGUGAUGAUCAACAAAGUGUCUCACUCCCCGGAGAAGCUGCCUUCCUCCCGUCAUGAAGAUCCUGCCGACAAGAACGUCAAGAAGCUGGAGCUGCCCAAGCACGCCAUUUGCAAAGACCUGGCCAGCCUCAAGGCCAACUCUGACAUCACCAUCCACAGCGUCACCAAGAAUGAGACGCUGAGCUUCGGCAAGGGUGGCGGCGGCAGUGACGGCGAACGUGGCGGGAGCGUGGUGCCCAAGGUGAAGAGUGAGGCACCCAAGGUCGGGAAGGUGACCCACCUGGACGUGAACGACAGGAAGGCUCUGCAGGACGCCCUCAAGUUCUCCCAGAGCUCGACCAAGAAGAACGACACUCACUCGAGCAGCGUGCACGACCUGCUGAGACGCUUCAACGCCAUAGACAGUUCAACUACAGUGCCUGUGUCUUCUCAGUCUGAGAGUACAAACAGCACCUCCGGAGUGAAAGUGGAACCCAAAGUCACAGAAACUCCAGAUAAGGUGAAGCAUGAGGUGAAAAGUGAUGACAAAAGUGAGAGUAAAGAACCACUUCUUUCAAGUGUUAAUUCAUCAAACAGCUGUGAUACUAGUGUUAAAGUGGAACCUGAGCAGACCAAGAUAUUAGAACAAGCUAAGGCUCCAGAGUUUCCUGGAAAUGUCAUCUUGACUAAGGGUGAGGUGGAGAGCCCGGACGGCACUCCCAAGGGCGAGCACGGGAGUGGCCAGGGCGGGGAGGACUCUGGCAUUGAGUCCAUGGACGCUCUGUCUGAAAAGAGUCCAAACCAGAGUGACCAGAGUCCCACCCGGAGGGACGACAAGGAGUGCGAGCCUUUCCCUGAUAAAAGCUCAAGUGAUAAGACUGUCUGUAAGCGCGAACCGGCGAGUGGCAGCGGUGGUGGCAACAGUAACAGUGGCGGCGGUGGUGGUGUGGGGUCAGGAGGGGCACAGAACCAUGUCAGGGGCGCGAGUGAAGAACCCGAGACCAGUGCUCAAGUCCAGAUAAAGACUGAACCCGCGGAACCUGAGGAGGCCGCUGGUGAGGGUGGUGCGGGGGCGAGUGGGGAGGCGGGGGGGAGCACAAAGUGUGGGGGCGGGGACAGGGGUGCGGGGGUGAAGGCAUGCGAAUCUCUGGGGAGCGCUGAGAGUAAGCCCGUCGUUAUCAAGAAGGAGCCCGAGGAAGAGCCGCCUGCUUCCCCGAAAGUCGAGGAAACGCAGUCCGGACCCACAGGCAACUCUGCUAGUCCUGCCAAGGCCCCCACGAUACCCAAAGCAGAGGACCCUACUGCUGCCACCCCCUCCCCUACCCCUCCUCCUGCUCCUGCUGGGGAGAAGUGUGCACCCCAGCAGGAAGCACUGCCUCCACCCAAGAGUGAGGAAUGUGACACAACCUCCACCACCACAACCACCACUUCAUUAUCAUCCACUUCAUCAUCAUCAUCAUCAUCACCUUCGUCGUCUCCGUCAUCAUCAUUGCCUGUUCCACCUACGUCAUGUUCAUUGCCUGUCACCUCCACCUCCUCCCUUCCACCUGUCACUUCCUCCUCCUCCACAUGCUCUCCUGGGUCUGCUUCAUCUUCCACUCCCUCUUCCACUUCCUCCUCCACCACCACCUCUUCCCCUUCCCCUGUCCCCACCACUGCCUCCUCUUCUGUCACUUCCACCUCCUCCUCCUCCUCCUCCUCCUUCUCCUCACCACUUAUUUCCACCUCUUCCACCUCCUCCUCUUCCACACCCACCACCUCCUCCCCUCCCACAUCCACCACCUCCCCUCCCUCCCCUGUCAGCACUAGCUCCACUUCUGUAGCAUCCACUCCUGCCCCUGUAACCACCAACACACCCCCUGCCACAUCCACCUCCCCUUCCCCUCCACCUCCACCCACCUCCACUGUUCCAUCCACCACCUCUUCCUCUUCCUUGCCCUCCCCUGCCAUUGCCACUCCUGUCACCUCUUCUUCCACUUCAGUUCCUUCAUCACAGCCCUCCUCCACCUCCUCUUCCACAUCCAGCACCUCCUCCUCCUCCUCCUCUGUUACCUCUCCUCCUGUCUCUUCCUCCACCUCCUCCUCUACCACCACCACCACGGCUGCCACCUCCGCCUCCACCACCACCACUGUCGCUGCCCCAAUUCCCCCAGCAGUGAGCACUCCCCCAGUCUCGCUGCCAUCCCCCACCUCCCCCACCCCCUCCCCGAGCCCCCCAGCCCCCCUCUCCGUGUACUCCUUCACCCCGCCAGCCGGCAGUGUGUCCCUGGCCCCCUUAAGCUCAGCCGUCGCCAGCGCCACCGCAUCAACCACCACCACCACUGUCUCUGCCCUGCCCCCCACCCUGCCCGCCCCCUCCCCGACUCCCACCCCCUCCUUGUGUUCCCCUGCCACCUCUAGUCAUAACUUCAGUGCCCCGGACAGCCCGAGCCUCACGCUGGUCUGCUCCACCACCAGCACCACCACCACUGUCACCACCACCUCCACCAUCACCACCCCCCUCACGCCGGCCAGCGCCGCGUCACCCAACAUCACCCUCACCACCACCACUACCACAUGCACCACCACCAGUCACACCCCUGUUGUCUCAAGCAUCUCGGUGAUUCCCACAGUGCCUCACUCUCCAAAGAUUACAGCUCCGACCACCGCCGCCGCCGCCGGCACCCUCGUACUUUCCAAGCCGUCACUCCUGGCCUUCACACUCACCCGGCCGCUGAGCAGCAGCGCGCCCUCGCAGGUGUCCUCCAUCCAGGCCGCGGCCCUGCCCUCCAUGGACAAGCUGCCCAUCCUGUCUAGUCCCCCUGACCUGGGCGGCGUGUCCGGCCUGUCCUCCGGCAGCGCCGCCCCCAGCGCCAGCGGGGGAAGCGGGGGCGUGGCGGCGUCUGGGCCGGGCGCCAAGGUGGUGACGCUGAAGCCCAGCAGCAGCCAGGGUCAGGUGAGCACGCCGCUCAACCUUCCCCCGGGGACAACUUUUCGGCUAGUGGCCCUGCCAGGUAACAGUGCCAUGGCUCCCACCACCAGUGCGGUUAAGGUAGUGGUGUCGCCCGUCAAAGGCCAGCUGAGCCAGCAGGUGACGUCCGGCAUUGGCAGCAUGACCGUGGUGACGGUGAAGCCCGUGGUGAUGGCGACAGGUGGGGCCAAGAACAGCCACCUCCUACAGACGCUCGCGGUCAACAAGACCGAGGAAUCUAGUCCUCCCUCCCUCCUCAAGGCUCAACUUACCGCCCCCACCCUCACCACCUCCCCCCAGGCCGUGGCCACUUCCGUCACCAACGCAGCUGCCACGCCCAUCGUGUCCAGCACCCUCACCAAUGGCGAUGACACCGAGGACCUGGACUUUGUGGGCUUCUCCAGCACGCCGCAGGCCAAGCUGCUGCAGCCUGGCGAGCUGCAGCGGGAGAUAUCCCGGGCAGACACCCUGGAGAGCCUGCUGUCAGACUCCUGCAAAAGUCCCGAGGUGCUGUCCCCCACCGGGGAGGAGCCCACGCCCCUCAGGGUGCACCCGCCCCUCUACACCUAUGGCAACAGGGAGCGCAAGAAGGACGUGGAGUCCGAUGCGGAGGACAAAGACCGGGAGGAGGCGAAGACCCUGUCCGAGUGUGAGGGCAACUCUGAGCUGAAGGGCAGCGACCUGCUGGGCCUGGAGAAGGAGAAGGAGGAGUGCGCAGCGGGCGUCAAACCCAAGGCCAGGGACAAGAAGUUUGAUGCGCUGUCCAUAGAGAUCCCGCCCUCGGACCCCAGCCUGGCGGAUGACAAGCGGCUCACGCGGAGCACCAGGCAGAGCAUCCGGCUGGCCAGCCCCAAGGUGAACAGCCCUGGGGCAGACCACAGCCCCAAAGUGGACCGCAGGAGCCCCGCCAGCAUGCUGUCCAUGGGCAAGCCCAGCCCCGUGUCGGUGCUGCGGCCCAGCGUCAGCCCAGCCACCCGGGGCACCAAGCGCCGCCGCCACGAGUCUGAGAGCAGCAACGCCUCCAGCAUCAACGACGACGCCCAGGAGCCCACCGCCAAGGUCACCCGCAGGAAGCCGCCAGACAAGACUGGGGAUGAGUAUGAGAGCUCGGAGGAUGACUCGCUGGAUGGCGGCGGGGGAAUCAGCAAAAAGAGGAACCCAUCCGCUGCAUCCACCUCCACCAAUGAGGAUGACGAUGACUCCAGGCCAUCGUCACGCAGCAGCCGCACGUCCUGCAAGGCAGCGAGGAGCAGGGAGCGGCAGAGCUCAGCGGAGUCCACGGGCACCACGCGGGACACCACGCCCACCCGCCGCACGCCGCGCCAGAACAACCGCGCCUCCACCAAGGAGCGCUCCCCCGAGCCAGCCAGGGAGCGGGGGCUGGCGGCGCAGAUAGCGGCAGCCAAGGCAGCGGCCGCCGCCAGGGAGAGCAGGGACAAGGCCGUGGCCACCUCUGCUGCCGCCAAGGACCCGCUGAAGGAGAAAGAGGUAACCAGGGAGAAAGAAGUGGAGAGAAAAGAACCCUUGAGGGACAAAGAUGCUCAAUUAAAAGACAAGAGAAUUCCCACUGUCGUGCUGAAGGAGACGAAAAUCAUCCUGAAGGAGAAGAGUCCCCAGUCCAAGGACAAGGACAAGAGUCCUGUCCAGGGCACCAAGACUAGAAAAGACAGCGAGCAGUCAGAGCCGGACGCCAGCAACAGGAGGAAAACCAGAAGUACAGCAACAACAAAUGAAGACACACCCAACAAAAGAAGAAGAAUGUCCAAAGAAAAAUAGUGUCAAGCAUAUCUUGCUGAUAGGAGGGUGUGGCAGUGCUUCUGAAGCCUGAGAGUGUCCUACAGCAAGUGUUUUGACAGUGUGAAGUGUUGCUGUGAGCAGACAGCAGUGUGUAUCAGUAUUAGAAAAAAUAAGUGCAAUAACAUUCUCUCUUACGCUGUCUGUCUCCUUCCGUUCCUACGGUGGCGGCCGCAGCGUGGCGGCGGCAACGGCGGCCGCCACUCACUUUCCUGUAUCACGUUACCUCUGCCUGACCACUGCGCUAAGUUUCCCGGAAGCAGCGCCAAAGACAACCAAGACUCCAUCGCUGACGACGAACGUUUUGUCCUCUGUCCAUCUUGGGAGCUUGUUUCCUGAACUUUGCCCGUAGUGGAUAAACUCCUGAACUCCUGAGAUCUCAGCCUUUGGCAAACCAUGAUUAUUUCAUUAACUCUGCAGAAUCUGUAGGCUAUUAUGUUACAUAUGCAGUAGGUUUUCUCUGCUGCACUACUGCUUAAGAAGACUUUAGUGCUACACUCAGCAUUGUGGAUUGUCAGUACAGCUGUAGCCACAGAGGACAGCUGAAUGCAAUGACCGUGUGAUUUUCUAGGGUGCCGUAGCCCACCCUCCCCCAGUGAGAGAGUCUCCUGGUAGUGUUGUCAGGGACGAGGCGGUGGUGUGGCCGCCCGGCGCCGGCCGUGGGUGCGCCGGCCGCCCGCACGCUGCAGGGCGCCCACACUUUUUUACACCACACACCUCUAUUGUACAUGUAGAUUGUAUAUAUUGGUGAAUGUUUUUAAAUGUACAAAGUCCAGCAAAGUGAAUAUUUUCUGUGUAUUUCUGUAUAGAUGACUGCAAGUAGAUGCAGAUCCUGUAAAUUAGAUGCUUAAAUUGUAGAACCUAUCAAGGUGACUCCGGCUGUAUUUAUUGUACAUAGUGUAAUCUGUUGUAUAGACUACCACUACUGCAAACAACCUCGUUAUCAAUGAUGUUUGUUUCUCCACGUCCUGUGCCCGACGAUGCCGUUUUUUCCGAACACCUCACACGCACUCCUUUCCAGACACAGCCGACGUCCGCAGCCGCCCGUGCCGUGUCGCCGCGGGGACGCGCGUGUCGGGCUCCAGAUGAUCAUUUCGUUUUAUGAACUUGAUCGUGGUACGUGCACAGACAUUGGGCUCUGGGCCCUGUCACUGAAGGCAUGAGCAAUGUAAAAUGUUUGUAAUUUACCCUAAUCUAUUUUUUUUAGCUUUACGGCAUGAAAAUUAUUCUUUAAUGGCCCUAUUGAUUCUAUUGUAAUGUAAGAUUUCAUAUUUUACAUUGUUAUGAAUAACAGUUUUAAUUAUAUACAAUGACUUUC